AUGGAUGAUGUGCAAAAAUGCCCAUCCCAGACUCGAAUUGAGUAUCACUCUGUGCCGUCUUCCUAUGCCCCAAGUGUACAAUUGGCCGUAAAACCUUUUGCCCUCUAUCCAUUCGUUUGGUUGUCUCGCUUUUCAGCUGUUCCGGCCUCCCCUCUCUUUCCUCAGGCCUGGCUCACUUCUCUUCGUCCACCUCUUCACAAACUGGAUGCCUCGGCUGCGCUCGAACUGUUUGAGCCAUUCUUCACUUUGCCUUUGGCUUGCAGGCGAUAUCAAACACCGCCUGUCUUAACACGGCCACAAACUGUCUGCCUCCACUCCACUCCGCUCCACUCCACUCCACUCCACUCCACACCAGUUCUCUCAUAG